UUUUAUUGAAUUCUGUGAUAUAAUUUAUACAGAUAACUUUAACAAAAGUGGAGACGGGUUUUUGGUUUUGGCUGUUCACAAACUGAAUCAAAAACCAUCACAAUGAGGGCGGAGCCACCAGUUGUAGAGCUCCUCUCAUCCAAUCAGAAGGCUUCACGGCUCGCCGCUCGCCUCCUGACUUGGAGUCGAGCACUCCUGGUUCCACGCCGAUGGAUGAAGAAGUGUUUUUCAGCAGGACCUCCUCACGGUGACUCAGCAGCUGUGCAGCUUUAUAAGGAGGCAGCGAACCUCCGUCUGUCACCACGCAGACGAUGGCCCGGCUGCUCCGCAUUGCCUGCAUCCUGGUCUGCUGCCCCGCGCUGCUGCAGGGCAAAGCUUCAGAGUACCAGCUGGAGUCAGAGACACUGAGCCGAUGUGAGCUGCUGAGAGGCGUCGCUGCUGCCAAAGAGCGAGAUGAGAUCCCUCACUGCACUGAGGACGGCAGCUUCAGACCUGUGCAGUGCAGUGGGCGGGGUCAGGAGUGUUGGUGUGUCGACACUGAAGGUCAGGAGGUCACUGGGACUCGAACCAGCGGCUCAGCUCCUCAUUGCCCGUCUCCCUGCCAGCUGCAGGCCGUCCUGCGGUGUUCGCCUUCAGGCCUCUUUGAGCCAGUUCAGUGUGACUCCAGCAGGGGGCAGUGCUGGUGUGUGGAUCAGGACGGCAUGGAGCUCUACGGGACCAGACAAGACGGGAGGCCCCGCCGCUGUCCCGGCGGCUGUGAAGUGAGGUCCAGGCGGCUCCUUCACAGCUCCUCCAGGUCGUCUUCUCCUCCUCAGUGUGCUGAAGAUGGCAGCUUCCUCCCGGUCCAGUGUAAAUUCAUCAACACCACAGACAGAACAGAGCUGGACCUGCUGCACGCCUUCAACAGGUUUCCAGAAGCCUUUGAGACGUUCAGCAGCUUCAGGAAGUUUUUCCCGCUGGUUUCCUCCUACUGCUUCUGCUCAGACAGCCGAGGCCGAGAGCUGGAGAACACAGGUGUGGAGCUCCUCCUGUCUGAGGUGUACGACUCGGCGUUCUCUGGUCUUCGCUCCGGUCACUCCUUCUCUCAAACCAACAUCUACCGAGUCCUGCAGAGGAGGAUGCUGGGAGUCCGCCUCGCCCUCACCGGACACUUCAGAUGCCCAUCUCCCUGUGAGGAGGAGCGGCGAGCAGCGAUGGAGGCGAACAGCGUAUUCAUCCCAUCCUGUGAGAGCGGAGGAGCCUUCGACUCCAAACAGUGCCAGCAGGGGGGGCAGUGCUGGUGCAUUGACCCCGCGGGGAGAGAGCUUCCUGGGACUCGGCAGCACGGAGACUCCCUGACCUGCAGUUCAGGUCCAGCCGACUGCCGCUCUCAGCGCCGUCUGGCUCUGUCCCGUCUCCUCUCUGGUCCCGUUGAGCCUCCUUUUCAGGCCUCCUCUGGUAGCCCUCCAGCCUCCUGUCUCUCCCUCCUCCAGCCUCUCAGGGACCUCCUCCCAGUGGACUCUGACCCCACCUCUUUUCUGUCUCAGCUGGUCGAAGUCCUGCAUGGCCUGUUCCCCUCUGUGGGCGGGGCUCUGCAGGCUCUGACUCGCUCCUCCCCCCGGCGCUUCCAGGAGAAUCUGUUCGGAGGGAAGUUCCUGAAAAACGCAGCAGCUUUCAACUUCAGUGGGGCGGUGGGAUCUCGGGGAGCUCUCAGUCUGGACCCGCCGUCCUCUCAGAGCCUCGCUGUCCGCCUGCAGAGGAACCAGGACCUGGUCCAGUCUGUCAGCAGAGCCCUGGAGGACCCCGCCUUCCUCUCCACCCUCCAGCAGAUGCUGACGGGUCUCAGCAGCUCUCAGUCUGCCUCCGUGGAACAGGUCCUCACUCCUCUGCUGCGCUCCUGCUCCACGGAUGAUGACGAUGACCUGGCGGCCAUCUUUGUUCCCAGCUGCACACAGAGCGGUGCUUUCCAGGAGGUCCAGUGUCAGGGUGCAGAGUGUUGGUGUGUUGACCCUCAGGGGCGGGAGGUGAAGGGGUCUCGGACCGUCACUCGACGACCUCGCUGUCCGUCUCCCUGUGAGAGAGCGCGGGCGGCGGCCCUCGAGGUGAGAUCGAACAUGGCGGCCAGUGCUGAAAUCCACAUCCCGGCGUGCUCGCGGGAUGGAGACUUCCUGCCGCUGCAGUGCGUCGGCUCACGGUGCUUCUGCGUGGACGCUGAGGGGAAGACAAUGACUGUCGGGCCAGCAGGGGGCGCUGUCACCUGUCCAGAGAGAAAAGCAGAGACGCUUCGAACCUCUGCAGGUCGGUGCUCGCAGGCGUCGGCCGAGGUCGAGACCUUCAGACAGGAAGUGAAGAGCAUCGUCUCGCUCUCUAACUCCUCCCACAUCCCUCUGGGAUAUGGAUUCCUACUGGCCGAAGGUCUGCGUCUGACCCGUGAGGAACUCCAGAUCAGCCAAUCAGAGGAGGAACUGCAAGUUUCUGAGACGCUACUGAGGCGCCCCAGAGCUGCUCUGCGAUUGGCUGCUUUCUCCACUGUUCAGAUGCUGCUGCCUCGUCAGCGCCGCUCGUACCAGCCGUUUACUCCUCAGUGUGACGCCGACGGACGCUGGCUGCUCACGCAGUGUUACCACAGCACAGGUCAGUGUUGGUGUGUCGAUGAAGACGGACAGUACAUCUCUGAUUCUCUGACCAGCCGCUCGCUCAGCCUGCCCAAAUUGAGCCCUCUGACUGGAGGGACGAUACAAACGGCAACACCAAACGCAACAGGACAGCUGACAUGUCCCAGCUGGUGUCAGCUACAAGGACUCCAGUGUCGCCCUGAUGGCUCCUUCGCUCCUCUUCAGUGUGAUGUCACUUCCUGCUGGUGUGUCUCCGAGAAUGGACAAGAAGUGGGCGGGACGAGAACAUCUCGACAGACAGGCCGCACGCCAUCAUGUGACCGUCCUCUGUGCCCCGCCCCCAUCAUUACCCAUGGUGCGCUGGUGUGCCGCCCACCAGCUGAUGGACGCCAGAGCUGUGACCUUGCUUGUUAUCAUGGCUACCAGAACUCACUUGCUAUCAGCAGUUUCCUGUGUGAGACUGCGAGUCGGAGAUGGGAUGGAGACCAGAAGCUGCUGAGCGGAGCCUGUCAAAUCUCUCGGCCUCCGCAGUCCGUGUCCUCCACGCAGCUCUGGGUGUUGCCCUCGUCCUGCUCUCAGAUCAGCCGGUUACAGUCUCUGCUGCUCAACACAAUGACCAGCAGGGGGCUCUGUUCUGCACAGCUUCCCUCAUCAGGCCGCGCUGUGUCGCUAUGUGACGACUCCUCGGUGACUCUGCAGUGUGACGGUGACGACUCGCUGAGGUUGAUGGUGAGAUGGAGCGCUGCUCUCUAUGACCUCCCGACCUCUGACCUCCCAGACCUCCAUGACGUUGGUGUCUUCCUGAAUGAGUCCAGACUUCUGGAGGGACUUCAGGGAAUUCUGCGCUCCGUGUUGUCAUCAGAGCCCAAACUGGUUUCUGUGACUACACCGAGCUUCGGCUGUUCCCGUGGUUACCAUCUGGACAGCGACAGCAAGGGCUGUGUCGUUUGUCCUGCUGGCAGUUUCUCCCAGGAGGGGGUGUGUCAUCUGUGUCUUCAGGGGACUUAUCAGGACGAAGAGGGGCGGGACUUCUGCAACAGGUGUCCCACAGGGUCGUCACCUGCUGGAGCAUCAUCUGUCAAGGAAUGUGUGACCGAGUGCCAGAGGCAGGGCCUGCGGUGUUCGCAGCGAGGUGACUUCCUGCCAGCGCAGCCGGAUGUCCUCGCGAGCAGGUGGAGGUGCUUCAACAGCGAGGGGGUGGAGCUCGAGUGGAGCAGCAGUGACAAGGUUCUGACUGAUGACGAGUGCUCAGUCCUCAGCAGGUUUCAAGCUGUUCCCACAUCAGACCUGAUUGUUGGAGCUGCAGAUGCUGAAGUGCUGCAGACGAUGACCUCUGACCUCACUGCCUGUGUCCGGGCGUGUGCAGCACAGCCUUCCUGCCACCAUGUGGCGCUGUUCAACAGCCAGACUCAGUGUGAACUGUACAGCACACACAGCCUGAACACACACUGCAACACCUCCCAGCAGUCCAGAGGUUUUCUGGGUAAUGCUCAGGCUGAGCUGUUUGAUUCGCUAAGCUGCUAUCUGAGAGUGAGGGGCGGAGCUUCAGAUCUGCUGGUCAUCAGGAAGAAAGGUGCAGAGUUUUCCUCGCAGCAGCAGCACAGUUUUGUGAGGAUGAGGAUGAUGAAGGCGAUCUCAGGUGUGUUCAGGACUCAGGUGUUCUCCUCCAGGUGGACCUCUCUUUCCGACGCUCAUCGUUUCUGUCAGGUCGGCUGCAGCCGCGACACCUGCUGCGACGGAUUCAUCCUCAACCAGAACAGCCUGGAGGGAGGGUCCCUACUCUGUGGCUGGUUGAGAGCUCCAUCAGUGCUGAUGUGCGGGGACCGGGACUGGGAUGUGAUUGGUCAGGGAGCGGCCAAACGCACUUGCGGGGCGGGGCUUACCUACAACGAGCAGCAGCGCAGCUUCAUGUUUGACUUUGGAGGACAGGAGUUCACCAUCACUGAUUCUGCUCUGCCAGCUGACAGCAAGAACAGGAAGGACUAUCAGGCCUCCAUCAUCAGCUUCCAAGCCAUCUACCUGAACACUGCUUCGGCCGUCGGCGGUUCUGGUUCUUCUUCGUGUGCUGCAGCUGAGCUCAGCCCUCCUCUGGACGCUUCAGUUCAGCUGAAGUUUGCGUCUCUGUCUGAGGACGACGUUCUCGUGGAUCCUCAGAGGAAGCUCCCCGCUCUCUCCUUCUGGCUCAACAAGAACAACUACAACUCCCAGCAGGCACAGCUCUGGUGUCUCACGCGUUGUGACGAGGAGCCGCAGUGCUCGGUUGCUGACCUCAGAGAUGCUGACUCGGCAGGUUUCUUCAGCUGCUCGUUGUAUCCGGACAGCAGAGUUUGUGGAGCAUACGAUAAACCUCUGAGACGACCCUGCAGCCCCCUGCUGGACAGAGCACCCAACAACACCUACAGCAAGAAGGGAGCCUCUGAUGUGGUGUGUUUAGCUCUGAUUAGUCUCGGGGUUCAGACCUGCAGCGAAGACGACGUGACGACCUGGAGGACUCAGGACUGCAGACCAUCAGCAGUGAAGACCACACCGGACCCCUUUGGCUGGUACCAGAAACCCGUGAAUCAGUGGAGUCCGUCUCCUGCUCUCUGUCCUCCGUUCAGCCUGCCACCGACCAAAACCAACAUUUCGCUGGACGACUGGAGUCUCCUCGCCAACUCUUCAGUCCUCGUCGACCCGUCUCUCUCUACCUAUGAUGUCAUCCACGUGAGCCGUGAUGUCGCCGAUGACAGAGAUAUGACCAGGAACUGGUGUCUCCAUGCCUGCCAGGAGGCGGAGUCUUGUGCAGCUGUGUCACUCAGUGAGGUGGAGUCCGCCACGCGCUGCGUUCUGUACCCUGACACGACAGUCUGUGGCCUAAGCUCCGCCCUUGAAUCCCCCGCCUCGUCUUCCUGUCGACUGGUCGUGAGAGAGCCCGCCCCCCAGGUGUACCUGAGACGCGGUGUUUUCUCAGAGCUGUCACAGACGUCCGUUUCUAUCCCGGGCCAGGGGGUGCUGCAAGGCGUCGCCGUGGAAACAGCACUGGCAUCAGACAGGAGGACAGUCGUUCAGUUCCUCGGAGUCCCGUACGCUCGUCCUCCAAUAGGAUCGCUCCGCUUUGAAGCAGCUCAGCCGGCUGAGUGGAUGGGAACCUGGGACGCCACCAAACCACGCCCCAGCUGCAUCCAGCCUGGUGACGCAGCCUCUGCAGCCUCCAGUGAGGACUGUCUCUACCUCAACAUCUUCACUCCGGCUGACCUGAGGGGGCGUGUUCCAGUCCUGGUUUUCUUCUUCAACCCUUCAGCCAAUGAGAACCCAGGACUGUUGGAUGGCUCCAUCCUCGCUGCUAUGGGUAAUAUCGUCGUGGUAACAGCGAGUUACCGGACGGCGGCGCUGGGAUUCCUGAGCACAGGUGAGUCUGGUCUCCAUGGUAACUACGGCCUCUCGGACCAGGAGGCAGCGCUGCGCUGGGUCAAAGACCACAUCUCGCUGAUGGGCGGAGACAACAGCAGAGUGACGGUGGGGGCGGAGCGUGGUGGUGCUGACAUCACCAGCCUUCACCUCCUGUCUUCGUCUCGUCCUCUGUUCCAGAGGAUGAUGCUGAUGGGCGGGUCAGCGUUUUCUCCAUCACUGGUUCAGACUCCGUCCACCUCCAGACGUCAGGCCCUCGAUCUGGCCAAGGAGCUCGGCUGUGUGACCUCUGACCUCGCGGCCUGCCUCAGAGCGUCAUCUGUCCACACGCUCAACGCCGCUCAGACAAAGCUGUUGGCGGUCAGCGGGCCGUUUCAGUCCUGGUCUCCGGUCCGUCAGUCCGUCUCUCGGUCGUCCUUCCACAGAGUGGACCUGCUGCUGGGAACAUCAGAGCACGAUGGUCUGAUCAGCCGUGCUCGCAAGAUAAAGGACUUUGAGUCUCUGCAGGGCAGAGCUGACAGCAAGACGGCGUUUUACGAGGCUCUGAGCCGCUCGCUGGGCGGAGCCACGGGAAAUGAGCUGCUGAAGGAGGCGGCGGCGUGGUUCUACUCGCUGGAUCACAGUCCCUCAGCUGCUGGAUACAACCUGUUCUCCAGAGCGCUCAACAACGCCACCAGAGACCUGUUCAUCAUCUGUCCCACGCUCCAGAUGGCGAGGCACUGGGCGGAGAACAGAGCUAACGUCUUCCUGUACCACCAACCCACCUCCAGCGCUCACGACAGGGCCGACGUGUACCUUCCUCUGGAUGUUCAGCUCGCCUUCGGGACACCUCAUCAUCCAAUGAGCUCUCAGCGCUUCGCCUCCUCUGAUCGGCGCCUCUCUCUUGCCAUGAUGACCUACGUCUCCAGCUUCAUACGGAGCGGGAACCCAAACCCAUCCCGAUCGUGGGCGGAGUCAGUUCUGCCCCGCUGGCAGCCAGUGCUGUCCUCAGAGGCUCCGCCCACCUACCUGGAGCUAAGCACUAACCUCCAUCAUCAGCGGGGUUUGAGUCAGAGCUCCUGCUCCUUCUGGACCCAACUGGCACCCAAACUGACGAGUCUGACAGGUGCAUCGGGGGCGGAGCCUGUUCAGCCUGCACUGACCCCUGAACCCCCAGUGGCUGCUCCAUCCAGCCAAUCCCAGACUGAGAAAGAUGCCUACAGCUAAACUAAUGACAUCAUCACCCACUUAGGGGACUUCACAGUUUCAUCUCCCAUAAUUCACUUUGAUUCAGAUGGUUGCUGUUGAUCAGUUUUGCUCAUAAUCAUUAAUAAAAAGCAUCUCAAACUCUCA